AUGUCUUCAACUGAGGCCCAUGUUGACGUCGUCUACUCGCCACUGGACAUCACUGAACGAACAGUCCUCCCUCGGUCCGACGGUAAGUCUCUCUGGGACAAAGUCCAGCCCACCGCCGCCUUCGAGUGCCCCAAAGCCCUGCUCCUGGUCUGGCCGAUCUUCGGGCCCAUCACCGACAUCGCUGUCCUCGAUAGCACAGCUGCCCCAAGCGAGGCAUUCAAGAACCGGCAGCCGUUUGUGAUCGAGAAUCCGGACGGUUCUAAGACGUUUCACCCCGUGGCCUUGCUACCUGCUACCUACCCCCUUCUAUCCCGCAUCGUGGCAUCUGCCGGCAUUUUUGACGAAUUCCUCGCGGAGGCUCAGCGCGCGGGCGUUACAAAGUUCUACUGCUGCGACGAGGAGUGCAAGAGUCAACCGUACUUGUUUAUGACCGAGGAGCCGAAGCUGGUCAUUCAAGCGUUGAAGAAGCCCUACGUCACCAUUGGCGAGGCCGUCUCUGCUAUUCACGAGUGGCUUCUUGCCAUGCAGGAGGAUAUCCUAAUUGCCGAGAGAGCGCAGUUUCCGGAGGACGAUACUUGGGGUUGCCAGACGCCACUGCCAUCGACGGACACGAAGUUUUGGGUUUCUGGUCUCUGGGGGACGAAUGUAAUGCGCCAGGGCGGCGUUGGUUUUGGGGAGCAGUCUAAGUGGAAUCCUGAGACGGGGGAGGGUGCCCGCAGAUGGAGGAGGAGUGGGAAGAGCUUUUGGAGAUGGCGAGGAAGAAGCGACGUGACUUGCGUGCCAGGGGCGACGGCGGUCAUAAGAUAG